UCUUCCCUCCCAGAAAAAUCCCAUUUUCGCCUUCAUUUCGCUCACAUACUGCUCCCUCAGUGCCUCUGGUAUUUCUAGGGUUAUUGGAGUUCAUGGCUUCUCCCGCUCAUUUCGACGAUGAUUUUGAUUUUGAAGGCGGAUUUGGAAGGCACUCAGGUGAUAAGAGGUCAUCUCCGGACUAUGACCAUGAAGAUUAUGACGGUGAUCCUUUUGCUCCUAAGAAGGCCAAAUCAAAAGCUGAAGAAGCUUCGCCGGGCGUCACUACAGGAAUGAUUUUGUCUCUUCGUGAGAGUCUUCAGAGUUGUAAGGACACACUUGCAAAAUGCCAAAAUGAAUACGGGGCUGCAAAAUCUGAGAUUCAGAAGUGGCAUUCUUCAUUGCAAAAUGAACCUUUCUUACCUACUGGGACCACUCCAGAACCGAAGACAGUGAUUAAUUAUCUUCAGGCCCUGAAAUCAUCUGAAGAGUCUCUGAAAGAGCAGCUUGAAAAGGCAAAGAAAAAGGAAGCUGCAUUCAUUGUAACAUUUGCAAAACGUGAACAAGAGAUAGCAGAAUUGAAGUCUAUUGUACGGGAUCUGAAAGCACAACUAAAGCCGCCAUCAAUGCAGGGAAGGAAGUUGUUACUAGAUCCAGCUGUUCAUGAAGAAUUCGUUCGAUUAAAGAAUUUAGUUGAGGAAAAGGAUAAAAGGGUAAAGGAGUUGCAAGAUAACAUCGCUGCUGUAAACUUCACUCCUCAGAGUAAGAUGGGGAAGAUGUUGAUGGCUAAAUGUAGAACCCUGCAGGAGGAAAAUGAAGAGAUCGGGAAUCAAGCUUCUGAGGGAAAGAUGCAUGAACUAGCAAUGAAACUUGCACUGCAGAAGUCCCAGAAUGCUGAGCUCAGAAGUCAAUUUGAAGGAUUGCGGAAAUUUAUGGAGGGGCUGACAAAUGAUUUGGAAAGAUCCAAUGAAAUGGUGGUUAUGAUGCAAGAAAAAUUAGAAGAGAAGGAUAAGGAGAUCCAAAGACUGAAACGCGAGCUGCAACAGAAGAGCUCAAUGGAAUAUGAGAAAACGGAGGCAGCAUCGGAGAAGAAAGAUAGUUGUAACAAGGCCCAAGGCCUUAUUUUGGCGGAAUUUUAGGGACUAAGCCUUUUGGGGGUACUGAAGAUAAAAUGUACGUACGUUUUUCCUCAGUUUGCCUCCCGCCUCCACAUAGAGGUUAGGAACUUCAUUUCUCUCCCAACCAUUUGCUUAGAACUAGGAGUCUUUACUAUUUACGCUAAUUCAGUUGUUUGUUAUUGUUGUUGAUGUUGUAAA